AUGCAGCCGCUGUUAAAAAAUGAUAUUCAAAUUGAUUUAAACCAAGUACGACUGGAUAUAUUACAAGAGAUCCGUGAAUGUAAUGACCGGGGCUUAAUUCAAACAGCUAAAUGGUUAGCGGAAUUAAACUUUGCGUUGAGAGAUCAUAAAAUACAGUAUCCAGAACAGCAAAAUCCAUAUGACGAUAUAGCAUCAGAUGAACGUGAAGCAUACAGCCUAUCCAAAACGUAUUUUGAUUGCCAAGAAUAUGAUAGAGCAGCACAUUUUGUAGAGAAUUGCAAGAGCUCAAAAUGUGUGUUCCUGCACCGGUAUAGUCAGUAUAUGUCCAGUGAAAAAAAGAGGUUAGAUAAUGCCACUGAUGUUGGCUCUGAGAAUCCUGAAUCAACACAAGUUUUACUUGAUCUUUUGUCUUAUUUUAAGGCAAAUCAAAACAGCAAUGAUGGCUACCUACUCUACUUGGAAGGGGUUGUUUUAAAGAAACUUGAUCUUAGAAGUCAAGCAGUAUCAGUUUUACAGUCAUCAAUAGCUGUGACUCCUACCUUAUGGUGUGCCUGGGUGGAGUUAGCUAGUUUAGCAAAUGAAUAUGAAGCCUUGGAUACUCUGCAACUGCCAAAGCAUUGGAUGAUGUACUUUUUUGCAGCUCAUGCUUUUGUGGAGCUUAAACUGUCUGAACAAGCUUUAGAAGCAUAUACAGCUUUAGCAGCAGCUGGAUUUGAAAAAAGCACUUAUAUUAAUGCACAAAUGGCUAUAGCACAUCAUGAUGCAAGAGAUGUGGAUUCAUCUCUAGCACUAUUUAGAGAGCUGUACCAAAGUGACCCUUAUAGAUUAGAUAAUUGGGAUGUGUAUUCCCACCUUUUGUACUUAAAAGAGAAACGAAUGGAGCUAGCUAACUUGGCACAGAAGGCUGCUGCUAUUGAUAAAUAUAGGGUUGAGACAUGUUGUGUUAUUGGAAACUAUUACAGUCUCCGCAGUGAACAUCAUAAGGCAGUAAUAUACUUUCAAAGGGCAUUAUCAUUGGACCCCUACUAUUUGUCAGCUUGGAUCCUGAUGGGUCAUGAGUUUAUAGAACUACAGAACUCCAAUGCUGCCAUACAAUGCUAUAGACAGGCUAUUGAUGUCAACAGAAAUGAUUAUAGAGCAUGGAACGGGCUAGGCCAAGCGUAUGAGAUACUCGGUUUGAACGGCUACUGUAUAUAUUACUACUCAAGAGCGGCUCAGCUUAAGCCGGAUGAUUCGAGAAUGUUGGUAUCUCUUGGUGAAGCUUAUGAGAAGAUGGACAAAAUACCUAACGCCCUUAAGUGCUAUUACAAGGCCCAUAGUACAGGAGACAUUGAAGGAAUGGCUUUGUUUAAAUUAGCUAAAUUAUAUGAAAAGUCGAAUAUGCCGAAUAGCGCAGCAGCAGCGUAUACGGCGGCCUGUCAGGACCCUGCUAACGAGCCGAGCAAGGAAAUGCCUGCUGCGCUUCGCUACUUAGCACAGUACUAUCUCAGGUUCAGCCUAUUGGACCACGCAUCGCAUUACGCAUACAAAUGCUUGGAGUAUGAAAGCACAAAGGAAGCCGGUAAAAACAUAUUAAAAACAAUAUCAGAGAAACGUCUGCAGGCCUCGUCGUCCAAGCCAGUCAGUAUAUCAGAUUUACCAAAACGGGACAUGGAUUUCUCCGUUACGGAAAACUCUGAAACAUCGGAUCCCUUCACAACACCGACGUUAAAAAACAAAAGUAGAAAUAAAUUGUAA